AUGGAUGCGUUCCCCCCGAGCUAUGUCGACCACAACCUCCCGCUGGUGCUGAUAUCCGGCCUGGCAGCGGCGGGCGAAGCAGGAGAGGAGGCUGGAGAGGCAAUAGUGUCUGGAGUUGACGGCGCGGAUGGUGGAGUCUGUGUCUUCUCGGACUUCCCGCCGGUUUCUGGCGCUGUGGCGGACGGACUACUCGCUGCCCUGCUCGCGGAAGAUGCCUCUUUUUGGCCGUGGAGCUCUAGGUAUUUCAGUCACAGGGCCAAUGGUGUCGGAUUGAGGAUACAGAGAGCUUCUAGGACUUAUACACUUCCCCGGAAAAAGGCAGAUACUACGCAAUAUGCUCCAGACAGCGAUGGCCUGGCUCCCGUACCUCACUCGCCGCUGUCUCCCCUCACACCCGGCUCGGAGGUCUUCCCAGAUGGCAUGGUCACGCCCAGCUGGAUAUCCAAACACCAGUGCCUCGUACCGGCCGCAUUUGUCAAUUUCUUCCCUCUCACCACAGAUACAAACAUGUCCACGCUCAAGGAUAACCAGCUCAAGAUAGAGAUCAACAGCCUGAAGCGAGACUGGGCUCAGUCAGGCUACAAGACUCGUUUUGUCGUCGUCUUCCUCUUUGAGGACGGACCCGUCUUGGAGGAUGCCAAUUACCGCAUCUCAAGCAUUAGAAAGGCCACUGGAUUAGAUCCUCGAAAUGUCUUCACACUCCCCCCAGGUCCAAGCCCACUCGACAUUCAGAGGUUCGUUAAAUCUUUACUCUUCUCGAUCCAGGGCGCUGCGGUAGAGUACUAUAGAGAUCUGUCAAAACACAGUCGCCGCAAGCGCAACAGGGCCACCAUCCCACCUCCCACCGCACCUCCUACUAGCGGGACCUCUCAGACUCUCUCGCAGCAAGGCUGGAAUGUUCGGUAUGAAUUUAAACUAGGCGUACUUGCUGAGUUCCGCCAGGAGAUGGAUGCUGCUGGCCGUAGCUAUGAGACUGCGUAUGAUCUGCUCUUUGGCGAUGAAGUAUUUGGAGCCAUUGCCGCUUGGAGUCCAAGGUUUGAUGAGGCCCGCAUGUUAGCUGAUGUGCUCGCAUUGCGGAUUUUGCGGUGUCACUUAUGGCUGGAACAGACUACACCUGCUGUUCAGUUUUGGGCAGCCCACAGGAGACGGAUACAAAGCAUUGCCCAUAACAAAGGAAAAGGGACAAAUAAUUAUGGCUGGGAGGCGUGGGAAGUAAACUGGUCCUUGAUCAUGGCACAUACAAUUAGCCGCUCCUACAUACCCCCUUCACCCGUAGGCACCAACAGCGGACCAAUCUUUGUACUAUCUGAAAAGACGAUGCUGUCAGGAGAGCGUGUAUCUCCUUGGGACUUCCUCCACCACCGUGGAUACUGGCUUGCUCGGGCUGCCAAACAUACUGCUCGUCGACGGCUUCAUGCUGAGAAUAUACCACAGGAAGAUCGAUUACCUCCAGAUCAGCAUAAUGCAACAUCACAGCGCAAAGCGUUGUCUAACGUCUACGACACGUAUCAGGCCCCGGAGCCACAUGUCGAAUAUCCCAUUGAUGACCGACCGGGAGACAAGUACUCGCACCAAAUACUAGAAUUCCUUACAGAGUCCGUAGCUGAAUUCGCCAAACGGGGCCAGGUUCGUAUGGUCGAGAAACAGAAGUUCACAAUGGCGAAAGAGUAUGUCCGUCUCGAGGCUUGGAGUGAUGCCCUUGACAUCCUACGACCUCUAUGGCUCCAGAUCUCCUGGAGACGAGAAGGGUGGUGGCAUUUGAUGGAGGAGUGCGCCUGGUUACUGCGAGAUUGUGCCGUGCGUUGCGGCGAUUUUGAAACUAUUUACCGUAUAGACUGGGAAUUAAUGAACAAAAAACCGGAACGACUGAUGAAAAGGCAUCUGAAAAAUCAGUAA